AUGUCGGACAAGAAGCUCGUUGUGGUCCUAGGAGCCACAGGACUUCAGGGCGGUUCCGUCAUCUCCGCCCUUCUCUCCUCCCCUUCUUAUGCAGUCCGUGGCGUCACCCGCGACCCCAGCUCCAGCGCUGCACUCUCUCUCUCGGGGAAAGGCGUGCACAUGGUAGCUGGCGACCUUUCCUCCCCUUCCUCCCUCCUGUCUGCUUUUCAAGGUGCCUGGGCCGUCUUCGGCGUCACGCUUCCCUUCACGGCUGUCCCCGAACUCGUGCAGGGGAAGAAUAUCGUCGAUGCGUGCCGUGCGGUUAGCGUACAAGUAUUGGUCUGGAGCUCGUUGAGCGAAGCAAAGAAGGUUUCGGGUGGAAAAUACACCAAGGUUAAGCAUUGGGACGAGAAAGCCGAGGUUGAUGAGUACAUCAAAAGCGUCCAGCAGGAAGCGAUCAUCUUGCAAACAGGGGGAUUCGUGGAGAAUCUCCACAACAUGCCCCUCAUUCGGUCGUGCUCACAGGCCCCAGGCGCCUAUAUCGUCAUAUGGCCCGUUGUUCGUCCUGCUACUCAACUGCCCUUGUCCUACAUUGGGCCCGACUUCGGCCCUUGUGUGAUCCGUGCCCUGGAGGUGUGGGAAGCCGGUGGGGAGGGCAGGGAGAAUCUGACAAGGGCGCCGAUCCCGGUAUGCUCAUUCACGAUGAGUGUUGAGCAGAUGAUAGAUGUCUUGAGGAAGGUGACGGGCACAGAGAUUCGGUAUACGCGCCCUACCCAAAUGCCUACAGAGGAACUACAAGAGAUGAUGUUGCUCGUCGAUGAUGGCCUCAAUUUUCCGAAUGUGCCCUUCCCCACGGAACUUUUCGUCGAACUAGGAGUCAAGUUUCACACGUUUGAGGAUUAUGUGAAAGACGAGUUGGUACCGAAAAUGGAAAACGGCGAACUGUGA